UCACAUAACCACGCCCCCUGCACCGCCGUGGCCACGCCCCCCUCCGUUGCCAUGGUCACGCCCUUCCUGCCGCGGCCGCCAUCUUGGAUGAGGGCGGAAGCGGCGGCGGCCUGAGAUGACCAUUCACAACCUGUACAUCUUCGACCGGAGCGGGACGUGCCUGCACUACAGUGAAUGGCACCGGCGGCGGCAGGCCGGGAUCCCCAAGGAGGAGGAAUUCAAGCUCAUGUUCGGGAUGCUUUUCUCCCUCCGCUCCUUCGUGAGCAAGAUGAGCCCCACGGACAUGCGGGACGGGUUCCUGUCCUUCCACACCUCCCGCUACCGGCUCCAUUACUACGAGACCCCGAGCGGGCUGCGCCUCGUGCUCAACACGGACCUGGGCGUGAGCAGCGCCCGCGAGGCCCUGCAGCACAUCUACAGCAACCUCUUCGUGGACCUCGUUACGAAGAACCCGCUGUGCCCCCCCCGCGCCCCGGUGCAGAGUGAGCUCUUCCGGGCGCGCCUGGACGCCUUCAUCCGGGCACUGCCCUUCUUCGCGCCGCGGCCCGCCUGA